AUGGGUCUUCCCCAACCGAGGCUUCCUCCACCAGCUCUGCCAGCUGGACCAGCAGCUGCGGGGCACAGGCCGGAACUGAGGGGCCAGAGCUGGUCCUUUCUCCCUGCCACAGGGCUGGGCCACUUUGUUUCCCUGGCACUGGCCCUGUUGGUGCUGCUGGAGGCUCUGGCCCAGGCGGAGACCAGGAAGAUGGUAAGAACCCAGUGUGCGGUCUGCCCUAGAGCAUGCUACCCCAUCUGCUUCCUCCUGCUGCCUGCGCUCCAUGUUGGCCACUGUCUUCAGUCCCCUCAGCAACAGCAUCAAGUGUGCGGAGACAGGGAGCUGGAAGCAGACAGCACAAAUUGCCCGUCAGAGAAGACCACAGCCUGGGCCAGAUACCCCCACAGUAUGGACUCGCUGCAGAAGCAAGAUCUCCGGAGGCCCAAGAUCCACGGGGCGGUCCGGGGGUCCCCCUACCAGCCGCCCACAUUGGCCUACCUCCAGCGCUUGCUGUGGGUCCGUCGGGCCGCCAUGCUGAGCCACGUCAACGAGGUCUGGCCCAACCUCUUCCUAGGAGAUGCGUAUGCAGCCAGGGACAAGAGCAAGCUGGUCCAGCUGGGCAUCACCCAUGUCGUGAAUGUCGCUGCAGGCAAGUUUCAAGUGGACACAGGUGCCAAGUUUUACCGUGGAAUGCCCUUGGAGUACUAUGGCAUUGAGGCUGAUGACAACCCCUUCUUCGACCUCAGUGUCUACUUUCUACCUGUUGCUCGAUACAUCCGAACUGCCCUCAGUGUUCCCCAGGGCCGUGUGCUGGUACACUGUGCUAUGGGGGUGAGCCGCUCUGCUACAGUUGUCCUGGCCUUCCUCAUGAUCUGCGAGAACAUGACCCUGGUGGAGGCCAUCCGGACGGUGCAGGCCCACCGUGAUAUCUGCCCCAACUCGGGCUUCCUCCGGCAGCUCCAGGUUCUGGACAACCGACUGGGGCGGGAGACAGGGCGACUCUGA